AUGGCUGCUACUCUUCCUACUCUCCCCCCCUUCUCUCCUCCCUCAUCCCAAAGAACUCCCCAAGGGUCUUCUCCUCCACAUCCAUCCUUAUUCUCCCACCCCUCCUUCCUCCUCCUCCACCUCUGCUCUCAUCCCAACCAAGUCUUCCAAGCUCUCACCCCCAUCAUCAAACACAGCCUGCUCUCCCAACCCUUCAUCCAGAAUAAGCUCGUCGCCCUCUUCUCCCGCUUCGGAUGCAUCCGCGAAGCUUCCCAGCUCUUCUCCUCCAUCCCCCACAAGCCCGACGAGCUCUACCACUCUCUUCUCCACGGCCAUGCCCAACAUUCCCCCUUAGAAGCCUCCCUCUCCUUCUUCUCCCACAUGCGGCUCGCCGGGGUUUGCCCUUCUGUCCACAGCCUAACCUAUCUCCUCAAGAGCUGCGGCGAUAGUUCCGAUCUCAGGAGGGGUAGAGAGGUUCAGUCUCAGCUGAUCUCCAAUGGGUUUGGCUCCAACAUCCACGCCAUGACUUCAGUAGUGAACAUGUAUUGUAAGUGUCGUGUUGUUGAGGACGCGAGGAAGAUGUUUGAUAGAAUGGCUGAAAAGGAUUUGGUGACUUGGAAUGCUUUGGUAGCUGGGUACGCUCAGAAUGGACUAGCAAUGGAAGCUCUGGAGUUGGUUCUGAGAAUGCAGGAGUGUGGUCAGAGACCAGAUUCAAUCACCAUCGUCUCCAUGCUUCCAGCUUGUGCUGAUACGGGCUCUUUGAGAACUGGGAAAUCAGUUCAUGGCUUCUCUGUUAGAGCUGAGUUUAACACACUUGUGAACAUCUCCACCGCGCUCGUCGACAUGUAUUCGAAAUGCGGUUCGAUAAGUUCGGCGAGGUCCGUGUUCGAUCGAAUGCCCGUUAAAAACGUCGUCUCAUGGAACUCCAUGAUUGUUGGAUAUGUAGGAAGCAAUGAAGCGGAAGAAGCUCUGAAACUGUACAGGUUGUUGUUGAGAGAAGGAAUCAGUCCUACUGAUGUCACCAUGAUGGGAGUGUUGCAGGGUUGUUCCGAGCUCUGCGAUUUGGAACAAGGAAGGGAAGCUCAUAAUCAUCUGGUCAGGGUUGGAUUAGGAUCUGAUACUUCAGUAAUGAAUGCUGUGAUAACAAUGUAUUCGAAGUGCAGGAGAGCUGAUCUUGCAGCAGAAGUAUUUGAAAGCUUAGGGUCUAAGAGUCUUGUGUCUUGGAAUGCUAUGAUCUUAGGGUACGCACAGAAUGGCAGACCAACCGAUGCUGUGGACCUCUUCUUCGACAUGUCGAAGAAGAACAUGAGGCCAGACUCAUUCACUGUGGUCAGCCUGAUUCCGGCCCUCGCUGACAUAUCGCUACCUCGUCAAGCUAAAUGGAUACACGGCUACGCCGUAAGACUCCUUCUACAUCGCGACAUUUUCGUCAUUACAGCUCUCAUCGAUCUGUACGCGAAAUGCGGGGCGUUGAGCUCGGCACGAUCGCUCUUCGAUCUGACGACGGAGCGGCAUGCGACGACAUGGAAUGCGAUGAUCGACGGCUAUGGAAGCCAUGGAUUGGGUAAGAUGGCGCUGAGGAUAUUUGAGGAGAUGAAGAGGAGUCCAGUUAAACCCAACGAUGUAACAUUCCUCAACAUUCUCUCAGCCUGCAGCCAUGCAGGGUUAGUAGAUGAAGGGAAGAGGUGCUUUAGGGCUAUGAAAGAGGACUACGGCUUCGAGCCUGGAAUGGAUCAUUACGGAGCCAUGGUCGACCUCUUGGGCCGCUCCGGGAGGCUCGAAGAAGCCUGGAGAUUCAUAGAACGGAUGCUGGUCAAACCAAGCAUCAGCAUAUACGGCGCGAUGCUCGGCGCGUGUAAAAUUCACAAGAAUGUGCAGAUCGGCGAGGCGGCGGCGAAGAGGUUGUUCGAGCUCGAGCCCGACGAAGGCGGUUACCAUGUCUUGCUAGCCAACAUAUACGCAUCAGUCGCAAAGUGGGAGGAAGUGGGUAGAGUGAGGAAGAUGAUGGAGAAGCUAGGGAUUCAGAAGACACCAGGCUAUAGCUUUAUCGAAUUCAAUAACGAAGUGCACACAUUUUACAGCGGAAUGACGAAUCAUCCGCAGGCGAAGCAGAUUUAUGCGAAGAUUGAAGAAUUCAUGGAGGAGAUCAGAUUGAUUGGAUAUGUUCCAGAGAAGAAUUUGGGGCAUGAGGUUGAAGAAGAUGUAAGGGAGACAUGGCUGAACAGUCAUAGUGAGAAACUGGCUAUUGCUUUUGGUUUGAUAAACACAAAAGCUGGAAGUGUUAUACAGAUUAGAAAGAAUUUGAGGGUGUGUGGUGAUUGUCAUAAUGUGACAAAGCUGAUUUGCAGAGUCAGUGGGAGGGAGAUUAUUGUGAGGGAUAUGAAUAGAUUUCACCAUUUUAAGGAUGGGGAAUGCUCAUGUGGGGAUUAUUGGUAGUUUUUUAUAUGAUUAUUUCACUCAUGUGGAUAAAUUAAGUUUUUUAUGCCAUUACGGUGUGUUUGGCUACAAACAAGAUUUUGUGUUAUUGGGAUUUUUCGAGUCAACCUGGUUGUGGGCUCCGAAAAUUCUGACUGCUCUCCAGAAGCAUUUAUUUUUAUUUUUAUUUUGUUUUUUUAGUGAAAAUUGAGAGAGUUUUGGAGGGUUAAAUUUUUUGAAGACUUAUCCAUAAAUUUCGCCCUCAUUUUACGAGGAUUUAUUGAU